UUCUGCUACAAAAGCUUCUCAUCCACUCUUUUUUCUUAGACUGUGCAGCGCUAUAAAUAGCCUUAAAAUCCCCUGGUAAUACCAGUAUAGUUUGAUCAACUGUUGCCCUUUCUCCUCGCUUCACUUUCUUGUCCCUUGUUUUUUUUUUUUUUGGUUCGUUUGUUGCAACCAUGCUUGAUUCUACAUUGGAUUUGAUAAGCCAAGCUGUUUCCAACGAUCUUUAUGUCUUCUGUCUCUUCAAUUUGAUCAUUGUUAUGAUCCUCAUGGGUUCGAAGCAUGGCUCCAGUUUCGAUCAAGACUAUGAAAUUCCUCUCUCAACACCUACAUAUCAUAAGCAAGACGCAGAGGCUAAGCAAUCACCUGACAUAAGUGAACGAGCUAUGAAUCCCUGUAGAGUGCCAGGUGCCAAUGAGACAGCUACUGAGGGCAACAAAGGGACCAAAAAUGAUAGUAAUGGCAACAGUAUCAUCGUUACUGAUGAAGAUGAUGAAGGGGAUGACGAGCUAAGGAGAAGAGUAGAAGAAUUUAUCGCCAAGGUCAACAGAGAAUGGAGAGCAGAAAAGUUAAGCAUGUCUAUUUCAGCUUAAAGAUACAUCUUCAAUGCAUAUAUCUUCUUUAGAUCAUGCCCGAAUCCUUCUUUUAAAUUGAUGGGUCAUGGCUUCAGGAAAUUCCUCCUUUUUUUUUCUUUUACAGAUGAGUUUUUCAGCUUGAUAGUUGAGAGCAGCAAAACUUUCUGCAGCUUUGUUUAGAAUUCUACUCUGCCUCUUGUAACUGAAGGCUGUAAAUUUCGAUGAUGGAAAGGAAGAAUAAAAUGAGAGUAAACCCUUAUUUUGUUUAAAAUUAUCCGUAUCGACUUUAAUGAUUCGACCUGUCUACCUGGGGCAUGCCUGAAAAAGAGAUG